AUGACCGCCGAAAUCCCGAAGCAUGCCCAGGUCCUUGUCGUCGGCGGCGGGCCCGGUGGCAGCUACGCUGCCGCCGCUUUGGCCCGAGAAGGCAUCGACGUCGUGCUGUUGGACGUCUCCAAGUUUCCCAGAUACCACAUUGGCGAAUCGCUCUUGCCCUCCGUGCGUCAUUACCUACGCUUCAUUGACGCAGAGGAAAAAGUCGCAUCCCGUGGCUUUGCAUACAAGCCUGGCUCGGCCAUCAAGUUCAUUCAAUAUAUGCGCGAAGGCUAUACUGACUUUGUCGCCCUCGGGGCAUCCAACAACGCGUGGAACGUCAACCGCAAGUUCAACCAAUCGCUUAAAAAUGUGGCAGUUUGGGGCUACUGGCGCGGCGCGGGCGUGUACGGCAAGGGUACUAGCCGCGAGGGCGCCCCGUACUUUGAGGCUCUCAGUGACGAGUCCGGCUGGGCGUGGUUCAUCCCGCUCCACAACGGCCUGACCUCUGUCGGCGUCGUCAUGGAGCAGAAGCAGCUCGGCAUCCGCUCGCGCGCCGUCUCGUCCGCGACGGCCUCCCCGUUGCCCGCCCCCUCCUCCGAGCCCGUGUCUUCCCGCGCACCCCAGAACGGCCGCGCCCAUGCGACGCUCGCGGACCGGUACCUCACGUUUCUGCACCUUGCGCCAGGCGUGCAGGCGCUGCUCGGCGACCAUGCGACGCUGGAGAGGGUCGAGGACGAGAACGGACAGGCGCCGGCGGCGAGGAGCGCCAGCGACUUUAGUUACUCGGCAGACUCGUAUGCCGGAGAGGGGUGGAGACUUGUUGGGGACGCCGGCGCGUUCAUCGACCCGUUCUUUUCGUCGGGCGUGCACCUGGCUAUGACGGGCGCGAUCUCGGCGGCUGUGACCGUUGCCGCGAGCAUAUGCGGCGACUGCCCCGAGCACGAGGCUGCGGCGUGGCAUACCCAGCGUGUGGCGGUAUCGUAUACCAGGUUCCUAGUCGUCGUUCUGAGCGCGUACAAGCAGAUCCGAGCGCAGCGCACACCUGUCCUCGCCGACAUUGACGAAGGCAACUUUGACCAAGCGUUUGCGUACUUCAGACCCCUCAUCCAGGGCAGUGCCGAAAUGGGCAAGCGCCUGUCCGAGGACGAGGUCCAGCGCGCGCUCGACUUCUGCGUGCACCUCUUCAGCCCGACGACGCCCGAGCAGCACGAGUCGGUCCGCCGCAAGCUGUCGGAGGCGAUGCUCUGCGAGGACGACGAGGACGCGUAUGCGUGCACGGCGCCGGGCAGCUCGCAGGCAGGCGCGGAUGAGAGUCAGAACCAGAGCCAGGGACAAGGACAGUGCCAGAGCCUCGCGGAGCGACUCAUGGACGUGCACGCGCCGAUCGUCGACCCGGGUGCGCUCACGCGGCUCCUGCGUUCGCGGCUGACGCUCUUCCGCCGCAGCUCGAGCACGUCGGUCGACUCUGCACACUCGGCCGCUUCGUCGUCGUCAUCGUCCUCCUCCGCGUCACUGUUGUUGCCACCACCGUCGUCUUCAUCGUCCGGCACGCGGUCCAGCGCGCCCUCGACGGGCCCGAGCUCGCCCGUGUCCGGCGUCUUCAGCGCCUUCGGCUCCCCGCCGCAGCCGCCCGAGCCGCUCGAGGGCGACAACGAGGUGCGGAUGGUGCUCGAGAAGGUCAACGCGCGGCGCGUCAUCCAUGCAGAGCACGGCGGGGGCCUGAACAGCCUCGAGCAGGAGGCGUUCGACGGGCGUGUCAUGCGGCUCGUGCGCGGGCGGCUCGGCCUCGACGCGGCUGCUGGGGUUGAGAUGUGAGGGGGGUGCUGGUACAAAUUCUUGUGGAUUGCUCGGUAAGGAUGGGGUGGAUUUUGCCCUCUUCUUCCGAGGUAGUGGUAUUGUUGUUCGUCAAUUGCAUGUCUUGCUCUCGUUAUUGCCGUUUCUCACAGGACUCUUGCUUUCGGUCGCUCUCAUGGUGCUGCUCGUGUAGAUUAUGUGCAUGCACUCUUACAUUAUUUUUCAUUGGCAUACUGCAGCACCUGCCAUUCUCGGACGCUG